AUGUCAUCACGCAAGGUUCGGGUGAAGAAGCUGAGCACAAAGACGGCACUACCAGUACUCAGAGAGGACCAAAUCGACCCUUCAGAAUACGAAGCACUUGCUCCCGAUACACAAAUUGCGACAGGUGUCGAGCAAGCUGAGGAAAAGGAGUACCACUUGCAGACAAUCCUCAAAGAUGCCGGCACCAGCAAUGACCAGGAAAUCCCUGUGCCACCUCCGCAGGAGAGUGCCAUCAAUUAUGAUGACCUCUAUCCAAGUACUUUCCGCACGCCAUCCACCUACAUCCGUUUCUCACAGACGGUGGAGGAGUGCAUCAGUAUCCACUAUGACAUGAACUCGGAAGAUGAUGCGUUCCUCAGGAGUUACAACAGUAAGCCUCCUGCUGCGGGGCCCCUCUCUGAAGAUGACUUUGAGCGCAUCAUGGAGGCGUUUGAGGACACUGCCGCAGAGCAGACACCCUUUGCGGCCGUCGACAACACAGUCGCCUCUUACCAGGUCAUGUUACCAGCAUUGAAUCAAACAGCUGCGGAUAACCAUCCUGCUGUCUUGCAGCAUGCCGAGGAGGUCUACUCCCACUGGAGGCAAAGGCGGAAAGAGCUGAGCAAUAGACCUCUCAGGCCAUCGCUCAAGUUUGAGACACACCAGGAGACUGACGAUGCCGAUCCGUACGUGUGUUUCCGACGUCGCGAGGCACGCCAAACCCGCAAGACUCGAGCUCGCGAUAACAAGAUCGCCGAGACACUCAAGCGGCUGCGGCGCGAGUUGGAGGAUGGCCGCCAACUUGUUCUCUUGUCGACGCAACGUGAGAUGGUGAAGAAGAAGUUGCUUGAGGAAGAGAUAUCCUUGUUCGAAGAAAGAGCGCGACUGAAGCAGAUGAAGAUCAAGUUGGGUCUCAAGGACCCCGACGACGAUCUUGUCAACCAGAAGCCUCAGAAACGCAAGGCUCCCGAAGCCCCAAUGGUGCAAAGGCCUCCUGGCGUCCACUUGCGCAUGCCAAUGCGGCCAGAUGGCCGCUCUGCUGAUGCUGAUCUCAUCCUGCUCGCUGACAAACGUGCCGAGAAGGAGAAUGAAUUCCGACACGACAUAGAAGUCAAAGUCGCGAAUCAUCGCAAGUGGAACCAAAACCAUAUUGACCUUACAAGAGGUCCUCUGUCGCCCGUAAAGGAGCAGGGCACAGAGCUCAAGUUCCGGCCUGCCAAAACGCAAUACCUGAUGACUCCUCCCGCUUCCACGUCCGAGGAUAUGGAUCUGGACCAAGAACAGGAGCCAGAGGCAAUGGCGAUUGACAAACCGAACCCGCCCAUUUUCCAGUUUGAAGCGGGCGGUGCCGGCAGAGAUUCUGGGGCGCACCCGCCGGCCUUUCGUCGUCGUAUCGGUCGCCUCAAUCGACUUUGGAUCGAUCGGCGCGGGCUGCAAACACCACCGCGCAGAGGUGAUGAUGAUCACUGUGACCGCUGGGCGUAUGACUCGGACUCGGAUGACGAUGAGCCCCAGGUGUACGAGGUUGAUCCGUUCGACAUGAGGGCGCUCAAGUUCCGGGCUACGAUUCCGCUGAACCCGUACUUC